AUGGGGCUGUGUCUAAAACUCAGAACAUCCCGUGGUUCUGUUUUCUAUGUUUUCCAUUGUGUUAUCUCAGCGAUUGUUAUCUUGGGAAUACUAACUUUAAGGGUCGCAGAGUGCCGAAACAAUCAUCAUCAUCAUAGAGAUAAUGGUGGAAAAAUAGAGUAUCCAGCGAUAAAUUGUCGAAAGCACAGUGCAGUUUUGACGGAUUUUGGAGCAGUUGGUGAUGGAAAAACAUCAAACACAAAGGUUUUUAAUGCUGCGAUUCAGAAACUAAGCACAUAUGCAUCAGAUGGUGGGGCACAGCUUAUUGUACCCCCUGGUAAAUGGUUAACUGGAAGCUUUAAUCUCACCAGCCAUUUCACCCUUUUUCUUCAUAAGGAUGCGGUUAUUCUUGGAUCACAGGAUGAGUCAGAAUGGCCUGCUAUUCCUGUGCUGCCUUCCUACGGGAGAGGAAGGGAUGCAUCUAGUGGACGGUUAAGCGCUCUCAUUUUUGGUUCAAAUCUCACCGACGUCGUAAUCACUGGUGACAAUGGCACUAUUGAUGGUCAGGGUUCUACUUGGUGGAAGAAGUUCCGUGCCGGAGAAUUGAACGUGACACGACCAUACAUGAUUGAGAUUAUGUACUCUGAUCAAAUCCAGAUAUCUAAUCUCACUCUAAUUAACUCUCCAUCAUGGUUUGUCCAUCCCAUUUACAGCAGUAAUGUACUAGUCAAAGGGCUCACAAUCCUUGCACCAGUUGAUUCUCCUAAUACUGAUGGGGUAGACCCAGAUUCAUGCACAAACACUCGUAUCGAGGACUGCUUCAUAGUUUCAGGGGAUGACUGCAUUGCUGUGAAAAGUGGUUGGGAUGAAUAUGGAAUCAAAGUUGGAAUGCCUACACAGCACCUAAUCAUUAGAAGGCUUACCUGCAUUUCCCCUGACAGUGCCACCAUUGCUCUAGGCAGCGAAAUGUCUGGCGGAAUCCAAGAUGUUAGAGCUGAAGACAUCACAGCCAUUGAUACUGAAUCCGGUGUUAGAAUUAAGACUGCUGUUGGAAGAGGAGGUUAUGUCAAGGACAUCUAUGUAAGAAGAAUGACCUUGAAGACUAUGAAGUAUGUUUUCUGGAUGGCAGGCAAUUAUAAUCAACAUCCAGACCCGAAAUGCGAUCCAAAAGCAAUUCCAGAGAUUAAAGGAAUUAAUUAUAGAGAUGUGGUGGCAGAGAAUGUUACUUAUUCAGCAAAACUUGAUGGAAUUCAGGGUGAUCCCUUCACUGGAAUAUGCAUUUCUAAUGUGACCAUUACUUUGACUGAGAAGCCAAAAAAAUUACAAUGGAAUUGUACUGAUAUUGCUGGAGUGACAAGCAAUGUGACUCCUACCCCGUGUGCGUUGUUGCCUGAGAAGCAAGGUGUGGAUUGUGCCUUCCCCACCGAUAGGCUGCCCAUUGAUGAUGUUCAGUUGAAGACUUGUUCUGCUGCCCUUUGAUGAUGUUCAGAUGAAGACUUGUUUUGCUACCAAUGCCAUCUUGUUGGAGUGAAAAUGUACUUUUUCUUUUUGAGAAGAGAGUGAAAUGUGCUUGAAAAUUUUAUGUUUCAAACAUUUUAGCUCAGAGAUAAAAUGA